GGGUUUGUUUACAUUCCCGGGUGACGCAACGUGCCGGGCGGUUCUCUCUCCCCACCCGGCAGUAUUUUCCUUAUUUUCCUAUGUAUUCCCCCACCAUGGCGUGUGUGCUGCCCAGAAUCAACCUGGCAGCAAGGAAGUGGCUUCAUCUACACGUGAGGGGCAGCGGGAGUCUAUUAAAAGGGCUGAGCGGAGUACCAGGCGGAGGGUCUGUGCGGGGCUAUGGAUCAGACCCGCCCUCAGAGUCCACCCGUGAGCCCCCCCGCAGCCAGCCCCCCAAGAGAGAGGCCCCAGGGAAGGGUAAAGGUCCCUUCUCAUGGAAAUCCCUGGCGGUGACUGGGGUCGCAGGGUCGGCACUGCUUGGCUUCAUGCUGUAUGUGAAGAGGGAGAAGGAACUGGCCAUAGCCAGGGAGAGGAAGCGCGUCCUCGGCAAGGCCAGCAUAGGGGGGCGCUUUGACCUGGUGGACCACAAUGGAGUUCCGAGAAAGAGCGAGGAUUUUCACGGCAAGUGGGUUCUGUUGUAUUUCGGAUUCACGCACUGCCCUGAUGUAUGCCCGGAUGAGCUUGAGAAGAUGGCGGCUGUGGUGGAUGCCCUGGAGGCGCUGGACAAGUCUCAGCCGACCCAGCCUCUCUUCAUCACUGUGGACCCAAAACGCGACAGCAAGGAAGCAAUUCGAGACUACCUCAAGGAGUUCCAUCCCAGGUUCAUAGGCCUAACAGGGACGGAUGAGCAGAUUUCAGCCGCCUGCCGGGCCUACCGAGUCUACUACAGCGCUGGCCCGAGGGAUGAAGAUGAUGACUAUAUUGUUGACCACACCAUAAUAAUCUACCUGAUCAACCCGGAUGGAGACUUUGUGGAUUACUAUGGGCAGAACAAGACAGCCGAGGAGAUGACAGCAAGCAUAGGUGUUAACAUGAAGAAGUAUGACGCCCUUAACAAGCCAAGCCUGUUUGGACGAUUCUAGAAGGAGGAGGAGGAGGAGGAGGGGAAGAUGAAGGUGAAGGGAGGAGAGGUAUAAGAGGAGGAGGAGGAGGAGGAGGAGGAGGAAGAGAGAGAGAAAAACAGAGGAAGAGGAGGAGGAGGAGGGGAAGAUGAAGGUGAAGGGAGGAGAGGUAUAAGAGGAGGAGGAGGAGGAGGAAGAGAGAGAAAAACAGAGGAAGAGGAGGAGGAGGAGGAAGUAAGGAAGAUUUGAAAAGAGAAAGAUUGAAGGAAGAAAAGAAGAAAUAAAGAGAGAGGAAGAGGAAGAAGAAGAAGAGGAGGAGGAGGAGGAAGAAGAAGAAGAGGAGGAAGAGGAGGAAGAAGGAGAAGUGAGUUUGUUAGUUUUUUUGUUAUGUAGUUUUGGUUUCUCUCUCUCUCUCUCUCUCUCUCUCUCUCUCUCUCUCUCUCUCUCUCUCUCUCUCUCUCUCUCUCUCUCUCUCUCUCUCUCUCUUUUGAUGAUUUAUGUAUUAUUUUUUGUGUGUAUAUAUGUGUGUGUGUGUGCGUGUGUGUGUGUAUAUAUGUACGUAUGUUUGUAUGUAUAUCAAUUUCUAUGUAAUACAAAUUUGAAGAAAGAAA